AUGGAGAAAGUCCACCAGCCUGUAAAGAUGAAAUGUCUUGAAGGCCCCCAAUCAAACCAAGGCCCAGGCAAGUCCUGUGGCUGCUUGGCUCCUGAAGCGGAGCUGGUGCCUGCCUCCCAGCUGGAGGAGGAGGAAGAAAAUGAGCAAGAAGAAGACCUGGAUCCAGAUCUAGCCCCAAACCUGGAGGAGGAAGUAGAUGAAGAAGAGGAAGAUCUUGGGGAUCCAGCUGUCCUCAGUGUGGUCCAUAACACCCAGAGAGGUCUUCUUAGCUUUCCUGGAAUCAAGGCCUCUGGUAUGCUGGGGAUGUCACCUACCUCCUUGCAGUUUCUAUGGCAGACCCUGGACUACUUGUCACCAGUUCCUUUUCGGCCUACCCUUCCCAGCACGAGCUCCCCGGUGCGGCACUUUGGACCUCGACUGCUCUCACCAGACCCAUCUCUCUUCUGCAGCUCACCGACCUCAUGGCCCCCUAGGUUCAGUCUCCCCAGUCAUCUGACCCAGCUCCACCCCCAGCACCAACGGAUCCUCCAGCUGCAGCAGCAUAGUGGAACACCAAGUUCCCCAGCCAAGAAGCCUUGGUCUCGGCAGCCAGACCCCUAUGCUAAACUCAUGACCCGAAAAGAGAAGGACUGGGUGAUAAAAGUGCAAAUGGUUCAGCUGCAGAGUGAGAACCCCUACCUGGAAGACUAUUACUACCAGAAAUAUUAUCAGAAACUAGAGAAGAAGGAGGCAGAUGAAGAGCUUCUUGGACGAAGGAACAAGGUUGAGUCUCUCAAGCUGGUAACACCUUAUAUUCAGAAGGCGGAGGCUUACGAGUCAGUGGUUCGAAUCGAGGGUUCUCUAGGCCAGGUAGCCAUGUCGACGUGUUUUAGCCCUCGCAGAGCUAUUGAUGCUGUACCCCAUGGAACUCCAGAGCCGGAGACGGGGGCUGCCAGCAGUCAAAGGCUUUGGGUGUUGUCAUGGAUUGAAAAGAUGUUUCUUCAGUUACUAGAGAUAGAGGAGGGUCAGAAGAAUGGGCCUCCACAGACCUGCUACUCCAAGCAGCAGAGAAAUCACGUUGAGAAGCUCUUCCAGGCCUUAAAGAGCAAGGAGCAGAAUAACCUGGAGGAGGCAGCAGAUGGCUUCCUGCAGGUGCUUUCUGUGAGGAAGGGGAAAGCCCUAGUGGCCCGGCUGCUCCCCUUCCUGCCCCAGGAUCAGGCUGUUAGCCUUCUUCUGGUAAUCACCCACCAUCUGCCUCUCCUUGUCAAGAGGGAUGCAGCUGACCAGGUCCUACAAAUGUUAUUCAAACCUCUGGGCAAACACAUCAGUCACUUGACCUUCCAUGAACUCCUCCAAGGACUUCAGGGACUAAUGCAGCUUCCACCUGGCUCUUCAGAGCGGCCAGUCACUGUGGUGCUUCAGAAUCAGUUUGGAAUAUCUUUGCUCUAUGCCCUGCUGAGUCAUGGGGAGCAGCUGGUAUCCCUGGAUCCAUCCCUAGUGGAAUCCAACAGUGACCAUAUAGCAUGGACAGACAUAGUGAUUCUAAUCGCCUGGGAGAUAGCUCAGAUGCCUACAGCCUCUCUGGCAGAACCCUUAUCUUUCCCCAGCAACCUUCUUCCCCUGUUCUGUCGCCAUGUGGACAAACAAUUGGUACAGCAGCUAGAGGCUACAAUGCAGCUUGCCUGGGUCUACUGAUCUUACCGUUCUGGAAUGUGGACAUGUGGGAACAGUUGGAUCAUCAGACGCCAGCUGUAUGGGCUUUAUCUACAGGGAUCCAAGAGUCUGAAGACAUUUCCUAUGCCUUAUAUGUUGGAGGACCGCACCCAAAACAUUUUCUUAUGCUUUCUUCAAGAACCUGAUGCCUAAAAAACCACGACAUAGUAAGGUAUACUCAGAAAUAUUAUAAAAUGUGUUAAACUUAUUUGUAAGUUAGGAUAUAU